ACUUAAAUUUCAUUUAUUUCCUGUGCUGCGCAAGCAGACAUGUGAGCGACCAAGGGAGGGUAAGGGGGAAUCCGCAUAGCGUCAUUGACUCUGGCAUUGCCUCACCAAAGAGCACCAUGAGAUUGCCGUAGCCUCGGAGUAGAAUGCUAUGAGCAGGACUGAAGCUCAUAGAGAAAGCAGGAAACUUGACGGUCUUUAUGUUGGCCAGAAUCUAAACCGCGACGGUGAAGCACUUCCAAAUGCUAUUGAAGCAGGCAUUGAUGCUGCUGAGGGAGAAAGUCGCUUAACUCUAAUACUAAACGGCUCAAUAAAAAAAACUUCACUGAUAAUAUCUAAAAUUGGUCUUAAGGUUGCAAAUUCUGCAUUUAAUUAAGGAAAGGAAUACCGAUCAAAUCAAGUGAUCAGAAAAUUGAGCAGCUCGCAUUCAGUUUUAGCCCGUCCGCGGAGCAAGAAGCCGGAUUGCAAGAGCAGCAGGAAGUCUCGUAUAGGGUCGCGACUAGAAUCAGAAAGGGCUCACGAUUGUGAAGGCCAGACCGAAGUUGCCAACCAAGUCGAUGCUGGCUUCAAAUCAUGAGGCUAAAGGUUUCGAAUCCUUUUUUGUGAAAUUAGCAGACAGAAUUCGCUCUCUUGUAUUUAGGCAAAGGAGCGUUGUUCUACUGUGACAUAUAUGAUGGAGUUGAAAGUCCAAACUGAGAUGUCAGAUGACUGUAGCUACGAUUCUCUGUGGGAGGACGAGUGCAUGAGAUACUUGGAACGUGCACCAGAGUUUCGUGCAAGACUACAGUAUGAAGUCAGAGUGAUCCUCAGCUCACCUGCUUUCCAAGUUGCUGGGUGCACUGUAUCUGCAUUCUCUCGCAUUUAUCAGAAAACGUUUAAGAAAACCUUUGACACUGUGGGCUUCAGCACGGCAGCGAGGCUCUGCAGAUCAAUGCCUCACGUAGUGCAGAGGGCAUUACUAAUAGACGAUGGGAAACUGCAACUGGUGGAUACUCCAAAAAACCACCGCAUUGUGGGUGGUAUCAGGUCAGGAUUACGGAGAGUCGUGUACGAUGUCCUCAGUGUGCACCGAGGAAUAUACAUCAAUGCAGUGGAAGGGCUAUGCGAUCAAUUGAUUGGACAACCCUUGAAAGAAGUUCUGGUGGAUCAUGGAUACCACACUGCCUCAGUAGAAUGCAUGCUCCGGGAUAUGCCGGACAUCGCGUUUCUGGACGAAAGCAAAGAAAUGAUACGAGUUUAUUUGUGUAACGAAGCUGAGGACCCUGCUCUAACAGAUGGCUUGCUUAUUCGACGGACCUCACUAGUGAAAAGCUUUGCGGAUGUGCCCGAAUGUAUGACUAAAAUCGAUGAAACUAAGCGCAAUAAGAGAGGGCCCACAGGCAGUUGCUACUCCGAGCUACUUGAGAAGGAAAACCUGCAAGCUCCGAGGGAUGAUGUGGAUGCUGCCGCAGAAUUGAUAACAAGUCCUGCAGGUCCAAGAUGUGGGCCAAAUGGAAUGGCCCCUGAGGAGCUAUCAGAUCUUCGAGUCCUCUGUGCCGCUGAGAGCAGUGGCCCAUAUAGGAGUGAAUCGCUUUACCAUGCGGAAGAUGUAGCUCGCAAUGUUCGUCUGCGUUUGAGAUUGCUCCUGACAUUACAGAACGACGGCGGUGGAAUCAAAGUCGAGGAGUUGCCGUCUACUUACGUGAAAAUGUUCGCGGUUCAACUUGAUCUACCAGCCCUUGGAUUUGAUUCAAUUCAAGAGCUUGCUAGCGAAUGGAAGGAUAUCUUACUUUUAAAUAGUUGGAAUCCUGAAUGGGUCUUUCCCAUCAAUACCACUGAGAAUAGUCGUGUCUUGAACACCAUAAUUACUGGGUUAAGAUCUGCGGUGUUUGUCAUUUUAUUGGCACGCUAUCCUGAGGGCCUCCAACCAUUAGAGUUUACGGAAUGUUUACAAGAGGAGCUCUCUGCAAAAAUCGAUGAGAUUCUUACCAACAACGGUUACGACUUGAAGGACAUGAGCAGAGCGCUAGAAUCUUUAUCCAAAAGCCCAGCGGAAUUUCAGCUUUCUAAUUGCUAUGAGCUUCGUCUACUACUAAAGGACUUGGAAGACUUCGUCCGUCUCGGCUGCCGAGAGGAUGGUGCUUUAAUAAUCAAGUUAAGAGAUGCUGAAUUUCCGUUGCUUGACCUUCUUGACUGCGAUGUGUCCGAAGAAUUUGCAGAUGUUGAUGCAAUCAGGGAAAAGUUGCAAACAGCCACGGGCUACCCCCAGAACCCAGCUGCAGAAUCAAGUGGCAGUGAAACAAAUAUCCAACUCCCUAAAACCGUCAGUAGUGAAGAAUCGAAAGCACCUGGUGUAGAGAGGAACCCAGCAUCCCUGCUAACGUCUCCAGAAUCAAUCUCGGAACUCACGUCUAAGCAAGCCAGCUCAACUCACAGGCUGAAGCAUGAAAUUCGGAUGAUAUUCGGAUGCCCAGAGUACAUGGAGAAUGGGAUUACAGUGCAGGAGUUUUCCACGGUUUACAAACAACGGACUGGCCAGCUCCCUAAGUUAGGUGAAUUCGACUCUGUGAGGUCAAUGCUGCAGGCGAUGCCUGACGUCGUGAACUUCGAGGUGCGUUCUACAUCUGACGACCAGAAAAUCACGCUUGUACAGAGCCGGAAGAACAUGCGCAUUCUGUCGAUCUCUAAGGUGGGUCUCAGACAAAUGCUCUUCUGGGCUCUUACGAAGAACACCAGCGGCGUUUGGCCUGAACUGCUCGACGGCUGGUAUUUAGACUUUGCAGGGUGGCCGAUGUCCAGCGCUCUUGUUAGCCACGGUUACGACAAACCACGCCAUGCACCUCUGCAGCCCAUCACGGAGUUUCUGCAUGACAUGUCUGAUAUUGUGGCGGUGAGCAAAGAUGAUCCAAGUCUCUGGGUGUGGACUGGGUCGUAUGAUGAUCCUACUGUGGCUGAUGCGACACUGUCUGGAGUAUCUGAAACAACUGUUCAGUAUGAUCCCAUCAAGGAGGAGUAUGAAUGCGCGAAGUGGCACAGAGGAGUCGCAAAAUCCGCUUAUGCGCACCAAGUGAGCAAAGAGGAUGAAGCAGGCGAUGAGGAUGAUGUCUAGCUUCGUUCUCUUUGUAAGGGCAGCAACGGAGACAUCGAACGGGCCCACGAGAAGUUGCACGAAGAGGGUGUGAAAACUAAGAUCAGCAACGCAGAAAACUCUGAUUCGGACAUUUGGGAAACUCCUAAUCCUGAUGUUGCACAUGCAAAGAACAUGGUUAAAUCUGUUUCGAAGAAUCACGUUCAGACUCCUUCACAAUCACCAGGACCAGGAGGUCAUCCUGAAGCCAACCAAAGCUUGGCCAAUGUCUGUCCCUACUGAGAUACAUUCUCUUCUGUCACAAGAUUCAAAGCUUCACUUAGGGUUUUCAAAAAUUAAGUACAAAAUAUGGGUAAUGAAGAAGAUCCAAGCAAAUCACGAUCUGUCUGUGGUUGCAGAAAGCCAAGAUGCAGACAGUUUUCCAUUGGAACGGAAAAGUUCUACGAGAGGAACUGUAAACAUGAAUUUUCAAAGCAAUAUCAAGUUCUACUGUUAAAGAUUGGUGAAAAACUAAUGUUGAAAAUCUCUAACUUACCAUAGAAUGUAGUUCAAUGGAUAGUUGUACAAUAGCAAUGGUUGAAAGUUUCGUGAAUUUUUAAUGUCGUAUACAGUUAGAAAAACUUUUCCCAUUCAGCACAAUGUGAAGUUUAAAUAGUCUGUCGCUUCACAGUAUUUCUAAUUGAAUUUUUGGGUCCACUUUACAGAAAAAUAAAUACACCUUGUAUAUUUACAUAAUUUUUGUAUAAAUACCAAUCCAAAGAUGACUAAUUAAUAAAAUUAA